UUUGCUCAGCCUAAGUAGAACUUUCUUACUCCGUAGCGGUUUUAUUUGUCACGGAGUACGAGACUAGGAGUACCUCCGACUAAAACUACAAAGUGACAAUCUAAACGAGCACUUCAUCUUCUUCAGGCAGAGUGCAGCAGCAGAAUAAGGGACAAAUUUGCAGAAACAAAGCGUCGGAAACCAGCUAGCAACUCAACCCAUUCAAAUGAGCACUUCAUCUUCUUCAAUCCGAGCAUUUGGCGCUGUUCUUCAAAGAUUUUCUCCAUUAAAAUCCCAUUCUCUCUCCUCGUCUUCUCUCCAUUGGAAUUGCAAGAUAUGGAGAAGUUUUUCAUCAUCAAGUUUAUGGGGUUCACAAUUACUACCCCAUGAUUUAUCUCGUCAAUGUGAUUAUCCUAGUGCUUCUGUCAGAACGAUUUGGAGUUCCUCUCCUCUUUGCAUGGGUAGACGCUCGUCCAAAAUUGCUACUAGAAAGGGGGCUCAAGAUCUAAAGAAGGCAAAGCUGUAUGCAAAGAUCGGCAAAGAAGUUGUAUCUGCUGUGAAGAAAGGAGGUCCAAAUCCUGCAUCCAAUACAGCUUUGGCUGCUGUGUUCAAAAAGGCCAAGGAGCUUGAUGUCCCAAAGGAGAUUGUUGAGCGCAACAUUAAGAAAGCUUCUGAGAAGGGACAGGAGGCCUUUAUUGAGAAAGUCUAUGAGGUGUAUGGAUAUGGUGGGGUUGGCUUUGUUGUUGAGGUUUCAACUGACAAGGUAAACAGAUCAGUGGCUGCUGUUAGGGAGGUGGUGAGGGACUGUGGUGGCAAGAUGGCUGAUUCUGGUUCUGUUGUAUUUAGGUUCAAACGUGCUCGUGUUGUAAAUGUGAAAAUUAGUGAUGCUGACAAAGACCAGCUUCUCGGAAUUGCCUUGGAUGCUGGUGCUGAGGAUGUGAUUGAACCUUCAGACAAUGAAGACGACUCUGAAGAAGAUCAGGCAGAGAGGUACUAUAAAAUUGUAUGUUCAGCAGAAAAUUACGCUUCUAUACUCUCAAAGCUUCGUGAUGAAGGAAUUAAUUUCGAGCCCGAUAAUGGAUACGAGCUACUUCCAGUUGCCCCUAUUGAGGCAGAUGAUGAAGCUAUGGAAUUGAACAAGGAGCUGAUGUCUAAAUUGCUCGAACUUGAUGACGUUGAUGCUGUAUAUACCGACCAGAAAUAAGGAUCAAGAUUCUCUCUGAAGUCAGUAAUUAGACGAUCCAUCAUCGAGUUACCAGAGAAAAUAAUCAUUUCUCGCAAAUAAACUAUUGGCUGGAGAAGUAGCCUCCUUCAUACACUCGCUCCGUCUGUGGAGUUAACAUAUAUAUUGGCUGCCAAACUUUGCCAUCUAUGGCUUUUACACUCCUGAUUCAAGAAAGAUUGGAUUUGAGAAAUUAACCUAGUUUCUUUUUGGCAAAAUGUCAAUGUAUCAAUCCCACAAUUUUGUACUACUAAAUUUUGUAUAGUAGACAGGAUACAUUUUGUACACAUUCGUUGAUAUUUUGAAUACAUUCGUUGAUUAUAAUUAAAUUGUUUCCUUUUUUCUUUUUAAAUCAAAUGUAUGGUGAUGGGUGUUGUUUAGCGUUUCAGAACUUUAUAAAGGGUGUAAUUACCUGGAACUUAGGUCUGAGAAUGUAUAUAUAAACCAGUUCUGUCACUGCUAUUCAAAGUACUGAACUACUGAAUGGGAAAAUGCCUUUUUUAAGGGCUGGCAAACUGUAAUAACACUCUUGUUAAGUUAAUCCUGAGGAUAGCAAUUUUCUAUGUACUACUAGGCGUAUUUUGUACAUGGUAUAACCAAGGAAGAUGAAGAUGCUCCUUGACAGCUUGAGGAUUGGUAAAACUACGUUGAUCCAAUUCACCACACGACUUUACAUAUGGUACACCACCGUGGAGGAGGAAGGGAUUUAAUCAUGCUUUUGGGGCUCAAACUCAAAUAGAUCAGAUAUACUUCAAUUGACUUUUAUUUUUGAUGAUGAUCUGAACAACUUAAGUUCA